AUGGAACCGGAUUACUGGAUUGAGCUCGAAAACACUUAUACCGAGCGGAUAUCGCAGCGCCAGGCGAUUCAUACAACCCAUCGAAGCGACGUCUUGCAGGCCCUACCAGGGACCGAGCUAGCUUGUAAAGAGCUCAUGGAGAUGGUCAUACAGUUCCUGUGUGCGCGGUAUCCUCGCCUGUUCACUCUACAAGGCAUGACUUUCAGCAACCACAUCCUCGGAACAACACAUGAGAUUCCGGAUAUCGAUCCUCUAAUGUUCCUCCUCGAAAACGUCCCUGAAGACUUCGCUAUCAUGCUGCGCGAUCCUGAGACUGGUCGGUAUUAUUUUCGGGCUGGGAUUAUUUGCGCUUCUACGGGGUGGAACCUCGCGACGAAGAUUGGAUUGGGCUUGGCUGAUAUUCAUAACCCUGUCCCGGACUAUAAAGAGAAGAUGCAGCUUAGUAUGGAUCGGUACGUUUAUCCUGUAUCUCUGGUACAUUCCCUCCUUUGGUUUGGGAUAGUGGCUCACAUGAACAAUAUUAAUGCCUAUACUAGCUUCUUCACCAAGAUGCCGACCUCGAAACCGAUCCAGAGGGGCUCAUGGCUGUUUGAAGUCGGACAACAUCUCUACGUCGCACCCAACCAUCCUUCUUUCGACCUUCACGCAAAUCAAGACCCAUCACUUAGUAUCGACGACCUCUAUCCCCGGGUUGAUUGGCAGACACUGCGGCGACUCCCACUUUCAGGUGCCAUCGUCUUCAACUUUAAAGCCUUCUUCACGCCGCUUUCAAAGCUCAAGCAUGAGCCCUAUAUCCCUUCCUUAAGCCUCAAGGUCCUCAACGAGGGAAAGGUAAACCUCAUACAGUAUAAAAGCAUAUGGCACAUGGAUCAUGUUCUCAAGCCCGCGCUGGCAGAAUAUGAACGCUAUCAGAUCGAGAAGGGGAUUAUAGAAAGGGAAUGGCAGCCGCAGACUUUGCAGGAAACGCCGUUCUAUCCUGGUUGGAAGAAACAGUGA